GAUAAUUUACUGUGAUCAUGUGACAGACCACAGGAAAUGGAAAAAUACAAAUAGAUGAACACCCACAUUUAAUCAUUUAUACAUCAAAAUAAUAUUAUUAUGGAACCAGAGAUGAAUGGUCCAGUAGAUGGAGAAUCCCCUAGCAAUGGGACAAGGCUUUGGGAAAAAUCAUGGACCAUGGAUGAGAUGAGAAAAAAUGCCAACAACUGGUCCCUUGCUGGCGAUGCUGGGUUACUUCAUCAUUUACAAGAUUUUUCUCAACAAAUGAUUUCGAGAGUACAUGAGAUUGGAAAAGAGGUUGACGGUCUUCUUCAUGAAACAAAGAUGACAGGUGUAAGAGUACACAAUGUUUUCAAUGAUUUCAUUAUGCUGGCCAAUACACAGUUUGUGGAAAAUAGAGUUUAUGAUGAAGAUGUUAGCAGUGAAGACACAACAAAAGAAGCAAACAAGGAAGAAACACAGGAAAAGACCAGAGAGCAGAGAGAAGCAGAACUAAUACCCAAAGUAUCAGAAGCCUUACAGUUAGGAAUAAAAGUAACAGAGGAAGCAUUUGAGGCUUUAGAUUCCAAUGUUGUAAACUCUGACUCUGAAGAUGAUGACGACACAAACUAUAGGGUGGAUCCUAUAUUAGAGGCUAAGGAUCCCUACAUAAGCAGACCACUACCAUACCUUAUUGGUACUCCUAACUUUAUGUCCAAUGAAGAUGUUGGACUGGAAGAAGAAUCAGAAGAGGAAGAAGUUGGCCAUGGUGAGCUAAGUGAGAGUGAGGCUGAAAAAGAUUCAUCAGAGUACUCUUCAUCAGAAGAUGAAUCAGAAACUGAGAAACCUGUCUCUAAACCAAGAACAGGAACUGAUAUGACAGAUUCUUCUGAGUCUGAAUCAAGUGAAGGAGAUUUGUUUGAAGCAAAGAAGGAGAAAAAUAGUGACGAAAGCGAUGAAACAGAAGAAUCUGAUGUUGAAGAGGAAAAAGUGGAAAAUGAAGAAUCUAAAGAUACAAAGGUUGGUGGAUUUGCUAAUGAGUUAGCAUCAAAAGCAUCAAAGUUAGGAAUAGCACCUCAAGUGAUACCUGAAGAACAUAAAGAAAAGCAGCGAACAGAAUCUGAGUCAAGUCAUAAAAAGAAAAAGCACAAGAAGGAAAAAGAGAAAGAGAAAUCCAAACCCAAGAAGCAUACAGAUGAUGAUGAUAUGUUUCCGACCUCCAUUCAAGAAGAUGAAGAUGACAAUCUCUUUGCACCAAAAGGAGGCUUGUUUUCUACUGGUAAAGGAUUGUUUGAUGACGAUGAAGAAGAUGAGGGAGGCCUGUUUGAUGAUGAAGUUAAGAAAGAAGAGAAACCAAAGAAGAGAGCUGAUUCAAGUCCAAAGAAACAACAGAAGAAAGAAGUAGAAGCUGAGAAACCUGUUGUAAAAUCUGGUGGGGGAGGUGGGGGACUUUUUGAUGAAGAAGAAGAUGAAGAUGAUUUCUUCCCCACAGGCACAGAAUCAAAGAAAGAUGUCCCAGAAAAGAAGUCAGCUCCUGCCAAGUCUGAUUUGUUUGCUGAUGAUGAGGAGGAAGAUUUAUUCUCAUCAUCGAAGGAGAAAGCUGAGCCAGAGAAGAAAAAGAAGAAAAAUGAGAAAAAAUUACCAGCUGGAGCAGUGUCCAUGUUUGGUAGUGGACCUAAUCCUUUAGCUGCAGCCAUUAAAAAACAGAGAAAGGAUUCAGAUGAGGAAGAUAAUGAUUGGUCAGAUGGAGAGAAGUCACGUUCUAGCAGUAUCAAAUCAAGUAGCUCCUCAACAACUUCAUCAAAACAAGUAGACAGAUUGAAAAAAGAAGGGCGGAGCUCAUCUAAAAAUAGCUUGUUUGAUGAUGAGGCUGAUGAUGCACUGUUCUCUGCACCUUCUAAACCUCGCGCAGACAGUAAAUCAAAGGCCAAACCAGCAAGUUCUUUGUUUGCUGCCGAUGAUGAUGAUGACCUAUUUGCAAGUACUAAAAGCCCUGUAGGAAAGGCUGCACCACAAAAAAAAUCAGUAGAGUCUAAGGCCAGAGCUGGAUCCCUGUUUGAUGAUGACGAGGAAGAAGAUUUGUUUGGUGUACCAGCAAAACCAAAAGAAAGUGAAAAGAAAAAGCCAGCUGGAGGUGUAUCAUUGUUUGGAGGAGCAGACAUCUUAAAGAAGAAAACAGAGAAUGAAGUUAAGGAACCAGAGAAGAAAUCAGAACCAGUAAAAAGUCCUCCUGCUAAGACCACUCUGUCAUUAUUUGAUGAUGAAGAUGAAGACCUAUUUGGAGAGAAACCAGCACUGCCAAAAGAAACAAAGGUGGAGAAGAAGACAGAAAGUCAGAAGAAGAAUAAGAAUUUGUUUGAAGACGAUGACCUUUUGUUUGGAGAGGAAGAACAACAGUCACCAGGCGUGGACAUCUUUGGAUCUCCUCCAAAAAUAAGUGAGAAGAAAGGCAGUAUAGUAUCAAAUGAAGAACAAUCCAGUCCUGUGACAGAGGAAAAAAUGGCUACCUCCCCACCCAAGAAGAAGCCAGUAGGUGGUGUGUCCAUGUUUGGUGGUAUGGAUCCAAUGGCUGCCCUCAAAAACAGAAAAAGGUCAGAAAGUUCAAAGGAGAAGGAAGAAUCUAAACCAGAGGUCAAGGUUGAGAAGGAGAAGCCUAAAGUCAAGGUUGAGGACAAGCCUGAGAUGGAUGCAGACAACAGACCAGUUCCUCCUUCCCCUCCUGCAGCUGGUGCCCUGUUUGAUGAAGAUGAAGAUGACCUCUUUGGUAUUCCAAAAUCUGGAUCAAUGAAAGAUAAUAUUAAGUCUUCGCUGAUACCUGACGAUGAAGAGGAUGAUAUGUUUAGUAUGCCAAAGCCAGGAACCAAGAAACCAGAGACAAAAUCAUCGUUAAUGCCUGACGAUGAGGAAACUGAUGAUAUGUUUAGUUCCAUAACAAAGAAAACUUCUGUGAAGGAACCAGUCACUGAUAAAAAUGAAAAUUCCAAAGAUGAUGAUGAUUUAUUUGGUUCUAAACCACCAGCAGUACCAGAGGAACCAGUCAAACCUAAGAAACCAGUAGGGGGUGUGUCAAUGUUCGGUGGAAUGGAUCCUAUGAGUGCUCUGAAAAAGAAACAAGAAAAAGCCACACCACUGAAAGAUUCCUUGUUUAAUGAUGAUAAUGAAGAUGACCUAUUUGCACCAAAAGAGAAGAAGGUACCAGCAAAACAGGAAACCAAGCCAGAUGUGUCUUCUGCUGCACCAAAGAUGGAUUCCAAGCCAGUAGAAGACAAAUCAGAAGAGUUACCUGCCCCUGUGAAAAAGAAGCCUCCUGGAGCUGUUUCCAUGUUUGGAGGGAUGGACCCAUUUGGUGCUAAUAAAAAAAAGACUGUCAUGCAAAAUGAUAAAGAUGCAGACAAUGAGCUCCCUCCAUCUCCAAAUAAUAAGGUGCUGACAUCUCCUGAUUCAGAUGGGCACAAAAAACCUGUAAAUAUUAUAUCACCAAGUUCUCCACCAAAAGCUGUUGGAAAAAUUGGAAAGUUACAGAUGAAUCUUGGUAUUAACCCUGCAGCAUUGUUACCAGGUGCAGCUCCACCUACUGAGAAACUUGAACCUGAGGCUAUAGGGUUUGACAAGCCAGCAGAAGUAAAAACAUUACAAAGUGCAAAUAAGGAUAGGGCAAAAAUACAGACCAAAAGACGACCACCAAGUCGCCACAGUCGGCAUUUCUCACCAGAACCUUCCUUCGACAUUAGUCCUCCUCCUGUUGUUCCUGAAAAUGAUAGAGUCCCCCGUCCGACCUCUGACCUAUUUGGUAACGAAGACAUGUUUAGUACAUCACCUCCGAAACCUGCCGCUGCUGCACUGCCUAAAACAAAAGAGGAGGACUUUAACACGAAUUCACCUUCGAAAUCAAAAGAAGAUACUCAAAGUGCAAUAAUUGACAAAAGUGAUGACAUUUUUUCAUCGAAAUCAGAAACAAAGAAAGUUGAAGAGUCAAAUGACAUUUUUUCAAAGCCAAAAGAAACAAAGAAAAAUGUUAUUACAAGUGAAGAAGAUAUAUUUUCCACAAAACCUAAAGUGCCAAAAUCAACUAAUUUUGAUGAUGAUUUAUUUUCUGCAAAAACGCCUGUCCCUAAAAAGACGGAGAAGAAAGAAGAUAUCCUGAAUGAUGAUGAGGAUAUUUUUGCAUCUACAAAGAAAAGCAAAACGAAACAAAAAACAAUUUUUGAUGAUGAUAAUGAUAUAUUUGCCUCUUCGUCCAUUAAGGACACAACAACUACACCAACCCCUGCCACAGAGCCACCUGUAGCCACAGCAACCACAAGUACAGAUGAUAAUAUAUUUGAAGAUUCAUCUUUAAAACCCCAAAAUGCCAUUCCACAGUCAAUAGAUACAAAGACAACAGAAUCAUCUAAAAACACCACUGAAGAAAACGCUGAUGACUUAUUUGCCUCUAAGACAACAAAGAAGAAAGCAAAAAAGGCUCAAACAAAAGACGAAGAUUUAUUCCAAGACGAAACAGAUAUCUUCGCUGAUGUACCAGCAGCAAAGCCAAAGGAGAAGAAAAAGAAGAAAACGACAGCUGCUACAAAAAAGAGCAUAUUCAAAGAUGAUACUGAUGAUAUUUUUGCUGAAGCGUCACCAACAACUAAACAAAAGAAAGAAAAACCUAAGAAAACAACAACAACAACCACAACUUCUGAUGAUAUAUUUGAUGAUCCAUUAGCAUGAUGAUUGCUAUAAAUAGAAACAUUGCUAUUAAUAGAAAAAAUGCUAUUAAUAGAAACAUUGCUAUAAAUAUAAACAUUGAGAUUUAUAUUGUUAAUUUGCAUACUGUGAUUAUUUAUUGAUAUCCUCAUUUUACAGGUGGGUUCAGGAAAUAAGGAAUUAGUAGACCUUAUUUUGACACAAAAUUGUCUGUUAUUCAACUUGUAACAUUUUCCCCCUUUUUACAUGGGGAGCAUGCAUCAUGACUGAUAAAACUAAUCAAAGUUCAAUUUUACCCUAAUUUAAGUUCAAAAAAGUAUUAAGUGUUCAUUAGCAUAAUUUAUAAAUUAGUCGUAGGACUGGAAAUUGAUAAAAGCUUGUACCAAUACUGUUGUGUGAGAGAACUUGUAUGUAAUUGUUAUGUUAUGCAUUUAGAUAAAACCAGGGCAUAAUUUUAUGUAAGUAUUAAAUAUGUUAAAAUAUUAUUAAAUAUUUAUAAGGUUCCUUACUUAAGCUACAGUUUUAAGUAUUUGUUAAAGUCAGUUCAUACGCAGUGUGUACUUUAUUUGGCCUUUUAAAAUUUUUUGGAUUCAAGCAUCACUGAUGAGUCUUUUGUAGGCGGAACGCUUAUCAGAAUGGGUUCUACUGCAAUUCUCACAGCACAUUUAAUUUUCAGAUUUAUCAUUGUGCACCACCUAUUUUUUUAAUUUUUUCUUCAUUUCACUUUCAAAACUUAAGACUAUUACUACAUAAAUAAGCAUCACAAAAUAAAAUAAGGAUUUUUUUGUUUGUAUACAGUAAAUUUAAAAACUACACUCAGAAUUUAUUUAUUGCAAUUUUUUAAAGAAUGGACAAAAUUGUGAGAUAAAUUAUUUUGAUUUCAGAAAAAUAUGCAUUCAUAUAUAUUGGAUAUAUCAGAGCUCUUAAUAAUGUGAUACUUACCAGGUGGAAUUAUUCUAAUUAGUAUAAACCUGAACUUACAGUACUCUUUUGAACCUAAUUCAAAUUAUCUACAUGUUUUAUGUACCAUGUUUAAAUUUAAGACUGAAUCUAUUUUAAGGUCAUCUCACAGUUUUAAUAGUUUGAAAUUCAGGAGACUUAAAAAAUUAUAAGUUUAGACACCUGUAACUAAGCCUUUGUUUUCCAAUGGUCUAACGAUUAAUUGGGAAAUAGAGGUUUUGAAAUAUAAGCUUAAAUGAAUUACUAAUAUAAUUUUUGUUUCUCAUCUAGAGAAUUUGUGAGCAAGUGUACUGCCAAAACUAUGUACAUCUUUAUUUAGAUGAUGAGUCUUUCUAAUUCUAAAUUCAGGUCAUUUUAAAAAAAAACAUUAUCACUAAUUUGGGGCUCCAUUUAAGAUUUCAUGUA